AUGGCAAAAACGCAACUAUGGCAAAAACGCAACUAUUCCAAAAACGCAAAUAUGGCAAAAACGCAAAUAUGGCAAAAACGCAAAUAUGGCAAAAACGCAACUAUGGCAGAAACGCAACUAUGGCAAAAACGCAACUAUGGCAAAAACGCAACUAUGGCAAAGACGCAACUAUGGCAAAAACGCAACUAUGGCAAAGACGCAACUAUUGCAGAAACGCAAAAUUGGGAAAAAAAAACUAUGGGAAAACCGCAACUAUGGAAAAAACGCAAAUAUGGGAAAAACGCAAAUAUGGGAAAAACGCAAAUAUGGGAAAAACGCAAAUAUGGGAAAAAAAACAAAUAUGUGAAAAACUUAAAUAUGGGAAAAACGCAAACAUGGGAUAAACGCAUAUAUUUGAAAAACGCAAAUAUGGAAAAAACGCAAAUAUGGCGAAAACAUAAAUAUGGCAAAACGCAAAUAUGGCAAAAACGCAAAUAA